AUGGCGCAUCCGACUAUCAAGAUCGACACUAGCGUCCAGGCGACCAAGCGCGGACUCCCCGAGAAUGACGACGCGGGCCUCGAUAUACUCGGUGCGGAUCAAGACAACCCAAAGCUGGAAACUGGAAACACGGAAGAUGUGCCACCGUUCCUAUGUCAAUCUGUCUCGGAGAUCCAUGACAAAUUCGAGGAUUUGGAAUGGAUGCAACGUUCACGUCUCACCGAUGCUAUGGAGGCCAAUAAUAUCUUGCAUCCCUUCGCCCUAGAGGCAGAUCCAAGAGUUAAAGAAAGGAAUCGGUAUUGUAACGUCCAGGCGUGGGCAAAUUGUCGGGUUCAUCUGCAGGUGGCCGAGGGCGAAUGUGAUUUUAUCAACGCCUCUCCGAUCACACUGGAAGACUCGGUGACACGGGAAAGAAGGAAAUAUAUAGCGACCCAGGGCCCUAAAGUUGGACAUCUCGCGGACUUCUGGCACAUGGUCUUCCAUGAAAGUCAGGAGGUAGGCGUUAUUGUGAUGCUUACUCAAACUUUUGAAGCGGGCCGGGAAAAGUGCGCUCAAUACUUCCCAUUGGAUACGGAGCAGGCUUCAAUGGUACUACUGGCGGAUGAGUCUGACGUUCUCUUCGAUGAGAGUGAGCAAACAGAACCCGGUGUCUUGGGUAGGGUGACCUUGUUAGAAUCAACUUUCGACGCUAGAUCACGAUCUGAAAUUCGCAAACUCGAACUGGCCAUCGGUUCGGAGUCAAAGAUUGUCUGGCAUUUCCUUUUCGCUGGCUGGGCCGAUUACUCCAAACCCGAAGGCAGCGAUCGCCAAGCCCUUCUCGAUUUGAUCAAGUUAUCAGCCUCCAAAUCCACUCCGGAUAAUCCCCGAAUCGUACACUGCAGCGCAGGCGUUGGUCGGACAGGAACUUUCAUCGCGCUUGACCAUUUACUGUGCGAGCUGGAGUCAGGACAUCUGUUGGACGUGGAAGAUCCCGAAAUCGACCCCGUUUUCGAAACAGUCAAUCGGAUGCGCGAGCAACGCAUGAUGAUGGUCUACAACGAGAUGCAGAUGCAAUUCAUCUACGAAGUGCUCCGAGAACAAACCGAUCGGAAGCUGGGCAAGAUUACAGACUGGAACUUGGACUCACCUAACGGCAGCGAGGAACGGUCUGCGAAAAUGGCCAAGUUAAAUGACCAGGCAGAUUAUUUCCCAACUUCCAAGCCAGAGUUGGAAGCUGUCCCAGAUCACGCUCAUACGCCAACGAAGAGUCGGUCUGGUACACCAGAGCUUUCUCCUUCUGAUAAUGAAUGA